ACAUAAAUAAUAACAUUUUUCGAUUUGUAUGAUUUUUGACAUUUUUUUAAUUUAAUUUUUUUAAAAAUGUGUGUUUUUAUUUGCGUUAUUUUACCGCAGUUAUAAUCAUCAUUCGAAAUUAGAUUCGAUUAUUAUCAAUUAUUUCACUGUCAUCAAAACAAAAAUAUUUUAAAUAUUGAUAUAGUGUAAAAUGGUUGAGGAAACAGCGGACGACUAUGUAAAUUUCUUACGACAAAUUGAUUUUAGCAAAGAGAUUGGACCAAUUUGUACGAAUAUUGAUGAGAUAUUAAUACGAAUGGAUGAAUUCGAAUCGUCCAUAUCAAUAAUAAAAAAUAUUUCGGCAUCAACAUCGAUCCCAAAUAUUAUUGAAUGUAAAAAGGGGAUUCAACAAUAUUCGGAGAGAAUCGAUAAGAUUCAAUUAAUGUUAGAUCGUAUCAACCAUGAUAUAACGGCACUUGAACAAAAUAUGAACAAAGCAGAAGAGGAGCUUGGCUACAAUGAUACUGGCAUCAAAGGAUUCUUCAAACCACUAUUAGGAAAAAUCGUAAAAACUGAACGAAAUCGAUCGGAAUGUCCACAUGACAAUGUGUUGACUUAUAAACCAGUUGAAUCGUUUGCAGCAUCCGAGUAUUUUGGUGAAACGAGUUCCAAUUUUUCAAUUGAUGGCGAGGAAAAUAACGAUGAAAAAUGUGAUUGAAAUCGAAUGAUCUACCUAUAUGUGUAUCAACAUGCCAAUAUUUUGAAUCAUGUACAAAAUUAGUUUCCAGUUUUUAACCCAUUGCUCAUCUUAGUGCCUUUUGAUGGUCUUUUUAUGUUGCAUUUUUUUCAUUUUUAUUCGAUUUCAAAAACAAAAUCUAAGAUUGCGGAUUUUAACAAUAAAAAUAAAUGUUAACAUUGAAGUUGUACAGAUUUUACAUGCAA